AUGGCCUACGGCUGGCGGCAGGUCUUCGUCGCCCAGCGCGAGAAACACGAGAUGGCCCGCGAGAAGAUGUGGGCGCGCAUCCACCUGGUUCCGGUGAUGCAGGCCGAAGAAGAUCGCGAUCAGGUCAGACGGUACUAUGCGGAUUUGGCCCGGGAGAAGGAAUUGCUGGGCAGUCAGAGCGGGGCGUAUAAUAGCAACAGGUAUGUUAUUUUGGGCGAUAUCGAUGGGAAUCAGUCCCCCAAGAAGCUGUCGGAGCAUUGGUGUUGUGAAGAGAUGGACUUCACGGAUCUAUUCGGGGGAUGGAGGCCGAGUCCUACAUGGGUUGCGAAUAUCUAG